AUGGACAUUGGGUUUUCGCCGUUUCGGCAUUCUGCGAACGCACACCUGUUGAAUUGUGAUCCUGGUAUCUCGCCAGCUAGCAUGAAACUCGCUCAUACAAAGGCACUGAGCCCUGAAAUUUUACCUUCACACCAUCAUCCAGAGCGCCAUGAGUAUAACCAGAGCACCAAUAAUACGAUGAGGAAUGUUGCAAAAAGACGUGCUAAUCGGCGGCCUACCACCGAUGACAUAAAACAUCCUCAGACUCAGGCUCGUGGCCCUCGUCCUGUGGAUCCCCUUCAAGUUAUGGAUUCCCCUCCUUCCUAUCCUCCAAACGCCAUUGUCCGACGUAUGGCUGGAUGUACUCAAGCUAGCCAAGGCAAAUCUGGGCCAUGUGCAAAGCCAUUUGGACCAUCUCUACCCGACCUUCGCUUCACAGGAAAGUCACUUGCAAGGAGUGAUCAAAGUGAAAUGUCGUUGAUAGAAGCACAAGCACAAGUAUUUGAUCCGCAAGUCGCUAUACAGGGCAAGGAUAUCCUGCAACGUGGCUUACAGCAUAUGUCAGAUGAAGCUAUUCAGCAAGCCGCUCGUGCAAAGCAGGCCUCUCGUGAAACCAGACGCCUCCGCGUGAUAUUAACAGCGUGGGAGAUAGAGGAGGCAGAGCGCCACGCAGAACUCCUACGCCUGCUGCAGCGCAGCAAUGUCGAAGGUUAUGAGGAAGCCAAUAAUGAAGCUUCCUGGUUUGAGAGGUUCAUAUCGGACAGGUCCUUGGCUCAAGUUCAGGACGACUUUGGCUUCAAUAUGUCAGUGUACCGGAACGAUUUGGCAUUGCUUGGCACUGCCGAUGAACAGCUCGAUCAACUCGAGAGUCACGCUGAGGAGCGUAACCUACUUUUGUUUAAAGAGGACUUGACAAAGGACCUCAAAGCCUUGAUGGUUGAAGGAGGCGACGGCGAGGGGAGCGAAGAUGAUGACAGUGUAUACGAUUCCAAUACGUCCGAGUCCCAUUAA